AUGGUCAAGAAAGGGCAGUCCAAGGGGGGCAAGCCCGGAGGCGGGGGAGGUGCCAAAAAGCCUUCUCCAGCAACGACUACAGGUGAUGAUAGCUUCAUCGUCUUUUCGAAUUCGGACAAAGACCCCAAGCCCAAGAAACAGCCGGCAGAUGGAGCUGCUGGAUCGUCCGCUCAGGACGGGCCUGCUCUUGCAGGAGAGGCACCAAAGCGACCCGAUGUCAAGAAGCUGAUCGGAGGCGCAUCGUGGACGGGGAAGCUACCGGUCAAUAUGCUCUCUGAGCAUUGCCAAAAGCAGAAAUGGGAGAAGCCGGAGUAUACAAUGUCCAAGACGCCCGAAGGCUAUUCCUCGAAGGUGAUCCUCAAAUCGAAGAACCCGAAGACACAGGAGCUCGUCCAGUUACAGCCCUUCAAACUGCCUCCUUCCCACAAACAUCUUGGUGCGAAGCCUACGGCUCUCGAAGCCAGACAUUUUGCUGCCACAUACGGACUUUUUCGAGUCUGCAGCAUGCGAAACAUACACAUGAUGAUGCCGCCAGAUUAUCGAGAUCUGUGGAAGGGAGAAUUUGAGGUUUUGAAAAAAGAAGAUGUCAGGGAAGGCCGCGCUUGGAUGUAUGAGGCAGACCCAUUUGCAGCCCUUCGAGAGAGGGAGGAAGCCAAGGCCGUGAUGGAAAAGAAACGUGCUGAGAGGGACAAGGCCCGAGAGAAGGCGGCCAGUACUCCGGGUGCUCCUGGUGGUGUUGGAUUGGCGCUUCGAAACAAUGGCCAAAGUGGUACGGGUUCUGGAUCCCACAAUAUUCACAGAGGAUGGACUCGUGUACCUAAAAUCGAAAUGGGCAAACGGACCCGUGCACAAAUCGAGGCAUUGAUAAGGAAACAUGCAAUCUGGAACCCCCACGAUGUGAAAAUGUCAGGGUUUCAGAAGCAUUCUAUCAUCAACGAAUUCAAAAAUCUUGACUUUCGGCAGAGCCAUGUCGAGGAGGCCGUGGAAGAAUGUAAGGACCGAGAGGAGACUCUGGAAUGGCUUCUCAUCCACGUUCCUGAGGAUGAUCUGCCGCGUUGGGCAUUGCCCGAGGGCUACACAGCUGGAAUCAGUAUGGGAAGCAACGACUUGAAAAGGGAGGGCGCCAUCAAGCGUCUAGCUGAAGCUGGCUAUGCUACGGACUUGUGUAAACAAAUCUUCGAUGUCACGAAUGAUGAGGGGAAAGCUGCAGAAGCUCUGCAGGAAAUUUUAUUGUCUAGUGGACAAGAUUCGGAUGUUUCUCCACCCGAUGAAGAGUCAUGGGCCGCCCAAGAUGCCGAAGAAAGCUCUGAAAGCAUUUGGGAAGAAGAAUUAAUCAGUCUUCAAUCAGUCUUCGGCGAGCAUUAUGAGAGACCUUCCAAAAAUGUCUGUAGGAUAACCAUCAAACCGGCGAAUCGAGGCCGAAACAAAGAGGUACAGCCAAUCUUACAGAUCAGGCGAUCUCAAGAAUAUCCUCAAAAGGUUCCAGUAGUAUCCAUUGAAGCUGCCCUCCCUUCAUAUAUACGCCUAAGUGUAAUGAAGCAAGCUCUGAAUCAUGCGAAGGAUAAUUGGCUUGGCGAGCAAAUGUCAUUCUAUCUCAUGGAUUGGGUCGAGCAAAAUCUGUACAGCAUUAUCGAGAGACCUGGCAAGCUCCGUGAGAUUUCUGCUGCAGCUUCAACAACCAGCGAAGUGCGGCCCAUACACCGAAAGAGACAAAACUUUUCGAGACACCCACGAGCAAUUACUUGGGCACCCAAUUCUAAGAGCAAGGAUGACUGGACCAGGCGGCAGCUAGAUCCAAAGUUGCAGACCCGGAUACAGGAGCGACGAAAAUUACCUGCGUGGGAGAUGAGAGAGAUUAUCAUCGACACGGUCACUGCGCACCAAGUAACCAUUAUUUCUGGGGAGACUGGAUCGGGUAAAUCCACCCAGUCCGCUCAAUUCAUUCUCGAUGAUCUAUAUCAGCGAGCGUUAGGCGAUUGCACCAAAAUCAUUUGUACCCAGCCUCGAAGGAUCUCAGCGCUAGGCCUAGCUGAUCGUGUAAGUGACGAGCGAUGCUCUUCAGUUGGCCAAGAAGUCGGUUAUAUCAUUCGUGGCGAAUCUAAAACUACCCCAAACACGAAAAUCACCUUUGUCACCACCGGUGUACUCCUCAGGAGACUUCAGACAUCUGGCGGAAGCAGCGAGGAUGUGGUCGCAAGCUUGGCGGAUGUCAGCCACGUGAUCAUUGAUGAAGUUCACGAACGGAGUCUUGACACCGACUUCUUACUGGUGUUGCUUAGGGAUGUUCUGAGGAAGAGAAAAGAUCUGAAACUUAUCCUCAUGAGUGCUACAUUGGAUGCAGGCGUCUUCGAACAGUACUUCAAAAGUAAUGGCAAAGUCGGCAGAGUCGAGAUUAGCGGCAGAACGUAUCCUGUGGAGGAUUAUUACCUUGACGACGUUAUUCGCAUGACGGGUUUCAAUGCAGGGCGCGGUGGAAGACGAGACGAAGAAGAUGCUGAGACAGCUGGCAUGGAUGCGGAUGUCGCUACUGCUAUCCAGAGCAUUGGCAUGAGAAUUAACUAUGACCUGGUCAUGCAGACUGUCAAGGAGAUCGAUGCAGACCUUACCCAUCUCAAGCAGGACGGCGGCAUACUUAUUUUUAUGCCCGGUGUGGUUGAGAUCAGUCGUACUAUUGAUUAUUUACGAUCGAUACCGAACCUUCAUACUCUUCCAUUGCAUGCCUCUUUACAAUCGUCGGAUCAAAGACGAGUAUUCCCCCAUGCACCGCACGGGAAGCGGAAAGUCAUCGUGGCGACGAACGUAGCGGAGACUUCCAUCACGAUCGAUGAUAUUGUUGCUGUUAUUGACAGUGGACGAGUGAAGGAAACGAGCUAUGACCCACAGAACAAUAUGCGCAAGCUCGAGGAAGUAUGGGCAUCACGUGCAGCAUGUAAACAGAGACGUGGUCGAGCUGGACGAGUGCAAGCCGGGAAAUGCUACAAGCUUUAUACUCGGAACGCAGAAAUGUCCAAGAUGAUGGAAAGACCGGAGCCUGAGAUUCGAAGAGUUCCACUAGAGCAGCUUUGUCUUUCAGUCCGAGCCAUGGGUAUCAAGGAAGUCAGUGCCUUUUUGGCUAGUGCUCUGACACCACCCGAAAGUAUUGCUGUGGACGGUGCAAUGGACCUUCUGGGGAGGAUGGGUGCUUUAGAUGGUGAUGAUCUUACUGCGCUUGGUCGCCAUCUAUCAAUGAUUCCGGCAGAUCUUCGAUGUGGUAAAUUAAUGGUAUACGGAGCCAUGUUUGGCUGUCUGGAUGCAUGUGUCACUAUCGCAGCUAUUCUUACUGUCAAGUCGCCAUUCGUAUCCCCGCAAGAGAAAAGGGAAGAAGCCAAGGCUGCAAGAGCGAAAUUCACUAAGAAUCAGGGUGAUCUGAUUGGCGACCUAAAAGCUUUUGAGCAGUGGGACGAAAUGAUGAGCAAUCGAGGUAUUCGACAAGGCGAAGUCCGCAACUGGUGCGGCGAAAACUACCUCAACUACCAAACCCUAUCUGACAUCGCCUCUAACCGCACGCAAUACCUUUCCUCCCUCCGCGAACUAUCCUUCAUCCCGCACUCUCCCACCGCGCUCCAAUCCCUCAACAAGCACAGCAGUAACACGCCUCUCCUCCGCUCCCUCUGCGCCGGCGCCUUCAACCCCCAACUAGCACGCAUCGAUUUCCCCGACAAGAAAUUCGCGCCUUCAGUAUCUGGGGCCGUGGAGCUGGAUCCGGAAGCGAGGACGAUCAAGUAUUUCAACCAGGAAAAUGGACGUGUGUUUGUCCAUCCUAGCUCGACGGUUUUCGAUGCGCAGACUUUCCCCGGGAAUAGUGUUUACAUGAGUUAUUUCAACAAAAUGGCUACUUCCAAAGUCUUCAUCAGAGACCUCACACCAUUCAACGCCUACACAGCCCUCCUCUUCUCCGGCCCCAUCACCCUUGACACCCUAGGCCGCGGCCUCAUCGUUGACGGCUGGCUGCGGCUUCGCGGAUGGGCGCGAAUCGGCGUCUUGGUUAGUAGACUCAGGGGUAUGCUUGACGAUGUGUUGGCGAGGAAGAUCGAUGAGCCGGGCAUGGACCUCGCGGGGAAUGAGGUCGUGGAGGCUGUUAUGCGGCUCGUGGAGUUGGAUGGGCUGGAUCAGUAA